GAACAGGAAUGGUUGGACGAAAGACUGGUAUGGAAUGCUACCGAAUACAAAGUCAAAACAAUUUCAGUUGAACAGAAGGAUAUAUGGCUACCGGACGUUACAUUAUAUAAUAACAUUGAUGGGCAAUUCGAACGCCAAAAGGAUGAUGUUUUCCUCCGAGUGAGUUCCGACGGAUUAGUAACAUGGGCCUCUCCGUCUAUCUAUACCAGCUCUUGUAGAAUGAACGUCAAAAAGUUUCCGUUUGACACUCAAGUAUGCGUCUUGGAGUUCGGUUCAUGGAUAUACAACGGCUACGAGCUUAACCUGCUGAAGAAGACAGGAAAGGACUCCGAGCAGACGGAAUUCGCCGAGAAUGGAAUUUGGGUUCUAAGUGAUGUAAAUGUAGAGAGAGAAGUUCGGAAAUUCAACUGCUGCCCAGAGCCGUACCCGAUGCUGAUAUUCAAUAUAAUCCUAAAAAGACGUCCGGAGUUUUACCUUGCAAAUAUUCUGCUACCUUGUGUACUGCUGUCAUUUCUAUCAAUGUUGGUUUUUUACCUGCCACCAGAGAGUGGGGAGAAGAUUUCUUUUGGUAUGACAACUAUACUUGGGUUACUACUCUUUCAACAAAUGAUCGCCGAAACGCUACCUCCGACCGCCGAUAAUGCUCCGAUUAUAGGCACGUAUUUUACGUUCAUUAUUUCAAUGGGAUGUACGUCAGUGUUGGUUACGUCUGUCGUACUGAACAUCUACUGUGGUAGCAGCGCGCGACCACUUCCUGGCUGGAUUAGGACCAUUGUUCUUGGAAAACUGGGGUCCGUUCUUGGCCGUCAAAAUGCCUACGUCAAGAAUCGGAAUGAGUAUAAUAUGGUGGAGCGGAAGGCGAAGGAGGCGGCCGCUGACCAUCUCUACGAAAAAAACAGGUCCAAUCACAACGAUGGUGAAUUUUGUGGCGAUAUUGGUGGUAAAUCGGAAGUUAAUAUUAGCCGACCACGAAGCUCCACACGGCGGAAAUCACAAAAUGACGAGGAGGCUCUGGUCAGUGCCGGAUCCAAAUCAGUCAAAGACUACGAAGGCCAAUGGCGAGAAGUCGCCGUCAUUUUAGAUAGACUUUUUCUAAUAAUUUCAUUAAUUAUUGUGUCGGUUGCAGCAGCUCAUAUUCUCAUCGCCAUCAUGUAACACCGAAAAUGGCAAAAAACAAAAUGCUGUACAGGCCGAUGUGCAAUCUCUGCAAUAAUUACUGGUUGUAAUUUGAUGUCAUAUUUGAUUACGGGCCCAUAUUCCAGGCCUCUAUGUAUGUUGAUAUUAAACAUACAAAGGUUUCUAUAGUGUAAAUAACUGUGUUGUGCGUACUCCUGAUAUCAUACGUUUACACGCGUUUAUUGAAAAUGGCUUGGCUUUUGUUAGCCUGCUUUGAUGUGCGGCUGAUUGUGAAUCGAUGUGCGUACUGCGAGGCAAUCCUCUAUAUUCACCCAUGUGUCUACAGUUUGAUGAGCGCAACGCCUUUGGAUGGGUGACCAAUCGCGUAACAUCGUACCUGAAAUACAAUUUACUGUACGUACUUAGCAACAACAUAUUUAAGGGACAGGUUCACACUAGAGCUUUAAAGGUAUAACGCAAACGCAAUGCUACGCAUAGUAGGCCUAAGUCUACUAGCAUUGUAUGCAUCCAUUUGCAACACUCGUCUUAAGUUCUGUCCACACUAUCGGGUUUUCUUUGACAAAAAAACAGUUGUAUGCCGAUACUGUGCCUAUAUAAUGGUCAAAAUGUCACCAUGACAAUAUCUAGGCAUGUCAAAUUUUUGUCUAGUAGAAUUUGAUCGUCUGGACAGGGCUUCAAAUGCCUAGACGCGUUUUAAAGGUAAACGCAAGAAACGCUACCGCCAACGCCAAGUCAGUACAGACAACUUAUGUAUGAACCACUCAAAAUUAGUACUAAACGCAAAAGCAACUGCAGAAAAGAAUUCUUGCGUUUACAUUUGAAUUUUCCAUAGUAGAGUGAGAAGCGAACUACUGUUAGAGCGUAUAUAUUAUACGUAUGCCUAUUAGGGAGUUUUCACAAGCUUACGAAAACGAUUAGGAAUACGGUUACGUCAUCAUAUUCAGCUCUUACAGCAUAUUGUCAAGAAUAUUUCUGGGCACAAAUGAUGAUAAUGAUAAUGACGUAUUCGUAUUCGUUAUUGUUUUCGUAAGGUUGCGUAACCUUCCUAUUGCCAGCUUAUAAAAAUCCAUAAAUACAGGAGAAUACAGGGCCAGAGGAAAAUAAGGGUCUAGGCUAUGUAAUUCAUUAGCAGCAGAACGGAAGUGUUUAUUCAGAUUUGAAUAAUUAGACAACCGGGACAUUUUAAUCUACCCGGAUCACGUAUCUUGAUUUUAAUCAAACAACAACUCUAGUGUUUUAGUAUGUGUAUAGAAGGUUGUUUGUCAACUUUGUGAAUUAUUGUAUCAUUAUUUGGACACUAUGAAUGAUCACAAAGAGAUAGAUAUCAGCUUUUAAUUUAUUCAUUUAUUCAUUAGUUUACCUACGGUUUGUGCUAGGGAAUAGGUCAUCUAAUAACAUCAGGAUAAUUAUAGAUCUUAGAUUGGGUUGCGUUCAUUUAGUGGUUUGAAUUGAAGUGUGAAAUAAAGAAUUGUAAGAAAAUGAGUUUCAAAUAGGGUUAAAUAUUAUCAAAUAUUUUUAUUUCAACAUUUUAAGUACGGUACACAAUUUACAUUAUCAUUAUUAUUGUACAAUAAUUUCUUGUUGGUACGCCAGUAAACAUUUACAAAUCAACUAGAGGAUGUUUAAGAUCAACGAAAAAUGAAGAAUCAUAAUUAUACCUAACUUUACUUAUCCUUCACGUGCCAAAUAUCUAAAAGCAUCAGCACUGAUUUCACAUUAUCUUUUUGCCGUCUGCUAAAACCUGUUUGUUUUCUUUCAUGUUUUCGUCCUGUUGCAAUCAUUCCCUUAUAGGCUUUUAUUCUAUGUUUUUUAUGUCAUUUUUGGUUGUAAUUGUUAUUGGCAGAUUUUAACUAUAAAAUGCAUUAGAAAAUAUAAAGGUUUUAUUUUUCUAUUUUUGCAUACAAAUAACGUAGGUCGAAAUGCAUUUGUACUACUGUAACUUUGUUUAUAUGUAAGAAUGGAAUAUCUAUUUUAAUGGUGAUACGCCAGCAUUACUGUCAAUUAUUGAUAUUUAAUGAGUAUCAAUAACGACCGUAUUCCAUUAAGGAUUCGUUGAAAAAGUGUUAAAUGUACUAGUAUACGUUAGGAAAAGUCAAAGUGUCAACGAUGUUACAUGCCUCGAUACGUAUAAGUAUUAAAUGUCUGGUCAUGUUU